CAAGUGCAGGUGUUUCCUCCGUGUAGACCACGGGGCGGUUUCAGCAUCUCCAUCUCCGACACCGUCACUGCCGUUCUGAGUCUUUUUAUUUUCAAUGCUGUAUUUUCCAGUUUUUUUGUCCAUUUCCAAGAGUUUAUCUUUUUGCGAUAAAGAACCUUUUUCGUGUACGGACUCCCCUAUUUUCUUCAUAAUUAUUACUACCGACCUGUCUAUGUGACAGGCGCUUGAAAGCCAGAGAAUAAAUAUUUGAAUAAAAUCCUUCUCAUAUUCAGAUUUUUUUAUUCCUGCUAUAAAUAGAAAUGUCAGUCGCAUUUUCAUCAACACGGCCGAGAGGAAAAGGUGAAGUCACCCAACAGACGAUACAGAAGAUGCUGGAUGAAAAUCACUAUCUGAUUCAGUGCAUUAUGGACUAUCAGAGCAAAGGAAAGACUGCAGAGUGCACACAGUAUCAGCAGAUUUUACACAGAAACCUGGUUUACUUGGCCACAAUAGCAGACUCCAACCAAAACAUGCAGUCCCUCUUACCCGCGCCUCCAAACACGGGGAUGAGUAUGGGUGGAGGUGGGAUGGGAGGGAGCAGUGCAGGAGGAUCUCUACACUCUCAGAGUAACCUUAAUGACAGCAUGGCUCCUUCCUCACUAAUGCAGAGUCAGAUGAGUAAUGGCCCGAGUCACACCCCCAUGCAGCAGCAGCAGCAACAGCAGCAGCAGUCCGGCGCUUCCACCUCAUCCAUGAGCUCCGGGUCGAGCUUCACUCAUUCAGUGCCCUCAUCCUCAUCAUCACAGGGCACAGCACUGUACCCACCCUCUCGCACCAACCUCAACAUACAGUCCAGCCAAGUCUCUAUGAUGCAUCAACAAGGUUCAGGACCUCAUUACUCCUCUUCUGGAGGUCAGCACUAUCAGGGGCAGCAGUCCAUGGGCAUGAUUGGACAAAGUAAUCAAGGCAACAGUAUGGUCUCACAAAGGCCUAUCGGGAGCUAUCGUCCUGCUCAGCAAGGAUCGCAGUACAUGGGUCAGGAGGAGUUCUACGGAGAGCAGUAUGGACACACUCCGAGCUCCAGCGAGCCUAUAAAUCAGCAGUAUUACCCUGAUGGUCACAGUGAGUACUCAUAUCAGCAGUCUUCUUACGGAGAGCAGAGUUAUGAGAGAUCAUUUGAAGACUCAUCACAGCACUAUUAUGAAGGCGGAAACUCUCAGUAUAGCCAACAGCAGUCACAAUAUCAGCAGAGCUCAGGUCAGCAGCAGACAUUCAACCAACAGCAGUACCAAUCACAGCCAGGAUACAGCAACCAAGGACAGGGUUAUGGUCCAGGACAGGGAGCUCCAUCUCAGUACUCUCAGUAUCAGCAGGGUCAGAGUCAGCAGUAUUCCUCAUAUCGAUCUACACAAUCUACUUCUGGCCCUCAAACGCAGAGAUCUUACACUUACGAACAGGGUCAGUAUGGAAACUACCAGCAGUAAUGAUACACUGCCAUGUUGAUCAUUCAGCAAACCAAUCAAAUAAACAGGAUCGCAAACGCUGUGUUCCUAAACUGACCAUCAGGUCGUGCUGUCCAAUGAAAGAAUUGGUUCGUCCAAAAAUAUUUUAGCUUCCAUCUUUUUAUGCAGCUUGAGAUCGGAAACCACUCUCACUGUUUGUCUAUUUAAACAGUUUAAUAUCCUGGCUACUUUCUUUCACCUACCUCCUCUUCAUUUCUCACAGGGAUUUAGACCUUAUAUCUCUGUACAGAGAUAAGGUAAUAUAUCACACAGAAGAAAACUGACUAACAAUACAAAUUCUACUGAAUACGUUCGUCAUCUGUUUAUAUGAAGUGUGUAAAAUAAGUGUGUGAUAACAUUCCUAGUGUACAUCAGAUGUUGUUAUGUGUUACAUGUUAAAAGUGCAGGAGUUUUCUAGUUUUGCGUACUGUUAGCGGCACCUCAGUAUGGGUUUUUCUAAUUUUUCUCUAUUUAAUGCUUUCUAUUUUUAUAGCUGUUUUUACAGUUUUCAAAAGAAGCAGGCGUACCAAUCCCAACAUUCCCCAAGAAAUAGUCACAUUCACAAUCACACACCAAUCUCCACUAAACACCAGUAUUCUCAAAAUCAACACUGUUAAACGGCAACAAUUCACCAAUAUUCAUCAAACACCAAUGUUUACUAUUCAACAUCAUUAAACACCAACAUUCUUUAUCCUUCCAAUCGUAAUUAAACACCAAGAAUUACCAAUAUUGUUUACCUGAAAUCAGUACUCACCAUGAAACACCAUUAAUCACCAACAUUCUUCAUUAAACACCAUUAAACACCAAUAUUCACCUUCCAGCUAUUAUUAUUAAACACCAACAUUCUUCAUUAAACACCAAUAUUCAUCUUCUAGCCAUUAUUAAACACCAACAUUCUUCAUUAAACACCCAUAUUCACCCUGCAACCAUUAUUAAAAACCACCAUUCUUCAUUAAACACCAUUAAACACCAACAUUCUUCAUUAAACACCAAUAUUCAUCUUCUAGCCAUUAUUAAAUAUCAACAUUCUUCAUUAAACACCAAUAUUCACCUUCCAACCAUUUUUAAAAACCACCAUUCUUCAUUGAACACCAUUAAACACCAAUAUUCACCUUCCAACCAUUAUUAAACGCCAAUAAUUACUGACAUAGUUUAACUGGAAUCAGUUUUCACCACCCAAUGGUAUCAAAUACCAACAUUCAUCAAUGCAACACCUUAAACAUCAUCAUUAAACAUCAGUAUUCCCCAUCCAACACAUUAAACACCAGCAUUCACUAUCCGACACCAUUAAACAACAAUUUUCACCAGGGUUCCUAAUCCAACACCAACAUCCAACACUGAAACUACCGAAAUUAUUCAUUAAACAUUCAUCAAUUUCUGUUAACUUUCUAUCCGUCACAAGAACAACACCCCUACACACCAGUUUAUUUGUUUUUCUUAUGAAGUAACUGUUCAGGUUAUCUAAAUAUCCAGUCAGAAUUUCUGUAAUGUUUCUAACUGAUUUGUUAUGCUAUAUUUGCUAUAUUGCGUACUCUAGGUUUUAUUGUCUUUGUUCCAUCCUGUGUACAUAAACUGUGAAGACUUUUGAAAAUAUGAAAAAACAAAAUCAUAGCUCAGUUGGUUUAUCACUCAUUGCUCACUCGUAUAUGGGCUUUACAUGUACAUUAUUGCAGAAUUUGUGUUCUUUUGUGUAUUGUUCAUAUUUUAUACAAAUUAUUCACGCAACAUAGUAACAGAUAACUAGGCAUGUGCCAAUAUAAAGGUUUUAUAUAAGUAAUCGUUGAAAUAUUAAUACGUUGAACAGGUUUCUAUAGUAACAACUUGCACAGGGAUUUGUAUGAUGGAUGUACCACAUAAACAGAUGAUAUGGUAAGGUUUUCUGUCAGGAGAUGUUUAUUUAGUAUUUUUGGAAGGAGUCUCCAGUGUCAGCACUUUGGAACAGCUGUAUAUUUUACUUUUCAGACACAGGGAAAGUCUUCAAUCCAGAGGACUUUGCAGUUUCUCUGUAACAAGGUGCAUUUUUUGUUGUUGUUAUUGUUUAACAUUCCGGAGAGAGAAGAAAAAAAGGACACUACUGUUUAUAGCUGCUAUAGCAUAACUUGUUUCAUGAACGUUCCACAACAUAAAUAUUACUAUAAAUAGAUAAAACUAUUACAUGCCAUCUUUAAUAAAUUAAAAUUGUAAGCACUGGCAGAUUGCUGUGGUAUAAGAGAUAUGAAAAAUCUUUGGGACAUGUAGUUUUAGGAAAAUAAUCAACAACUUUGGGGUGGUGCCAUAACUCAUUACACCACCCCGUUAUUAUUGAUUAUGCUCCUAUGAUAGCAUGUCCCUAAGAGCUUAAUCCUAACUUAUCAGCACAUAACUACCUGUAACUACAUAACUGAUUUUGUCUGUUUAUGUAAUAAUAUUUAUAUUAUUUUUUACUUGGAUGUUUUUUUCCCCGAAUUUGUAGGAUUCAUUUACUUUAUUUUAAUUUUGUUGAAGGGAUGAACAUAUUUAUCAGAGCUGCACAUUCAUCCUCUCGUCUAGCAUGACCUCUUAUGACAUGACAACAUUUGUUGUAGUUUUUUUUUUUUUUAUCUGUAUAUUUUGACAUUUUAACCGUAAUAGUUUUUUAUUGCUUGCUGGAUUCCAGGAACACAGAAGAUUAAAUCUGUGACCAAUUAUAGCCAAAGCUUACA